UGACACUCCGGAUGAACGCUGCAUGUGUGUUCUUCCCAAGCAGGAUUCGUUCAACUCUGUCAAUAAUGGCCCGGCACAAAUUAAUCGACAUUGGCGUGAACCUGACAGACCCUGUGUUCCAUGGGCUCUACAGAGGCAAGCGCAAGCACCAAGAUGACUUCCGUGAUGUCAUCGACAGAGCCGUCGACGUGGGCGUCCAAAAGUUUGUGAUCACCGGAGGAAGCCUGGAGGACAGCGAGGAGGCCGUCAAACUGGCCCACAGCAGAGACAGCUUCUAUUGCACGGUGGGUUGCCAUCCAACCCGCUGCGGCCAAUUCGAGGAGGGCGCCGGCCCUUCCGAGUAUCUGGCCCGCCUCCAGCGUCUGGCGGCGGACAACCGAACCAAGGUGGUCGCCAUUGGAGAGUGCGGACUAGAUUUUGACCGGUUGGAAUUUUGCCCCAAAGAGACGCAACUCAAAUACUUUGAGAUGCAGUUUGAUCUGGCUGAGGAGAGCAAGCUUCCCAUGUUCCUCCACUGCCGCAACUCCCAUCAGGACUUUGUGGACAUCAUGAGGAAGAAUCGAGACCGAUGCGUAGGAGGCGUGGUCCACUCGUUCGAUGGGACCGCGGAGGAGGCCGACGCCCUUAUUGAGCUGGACCUCUACAUCGGGAUCAACGGAUGUUCCCUGAAAAGCGAGGCCAACAUCGAAGCAGUGAAGCGCAUUCCCACCGAGCGACUGAUGAUAGAAACCGAUGCUCCGUGGUGUGGCAUCAAGAGCACACACGCCGGCUUCAAAUACAUCAAGACCACCUUCCCCACAAAGAAGAAAUGGGAGGCGGGGCACUGUCUGAAGGACAGGAACGAGCCCUGUCACAUCAUACAAGUUCUGGAGGUGAUGGCCGCAGCAAGGGAGGAGGACCCCUUGGAGCUUUCCAGCAGGAUCUUCGACAACACCAACAGGGUCUUCUUCUCUUCUAGUGGAUGAUCGGAAGCUGAGAUGAACACAAUGCAAUGACAUAAAUCGUGGAAUGGAGACACGACAUUGUUGAAUAAAUGAUCAAUGACAUAAAA